CAUUGACAAUCCCAGAAACACCUCCAACUCUCACAAUGAAGCUCACUUCCCUCUUGCUGGUGCUCGUAGCAGUGGCAACUGCCGCAGCCGGUUCCAUCUACGGUUAUGGUUCCCAUAAUUCUGGCUAUGGCUAUGGCUAUGGUCGGCCCCAGAUCAGCGGUAUCGCCAGGCUACUUCCUCAACGUAUCCAUGUGUCUCCCCUGCAUCCCACACGUGGUAACCUCUCGCCUUCCUAUGUCACGGGCGUGCAUUUGGCGCGAAACGUGGCAGUUGUAGCGAACCAUGGUUACGGUUAUGGUCAAGGUUACGGUUAUGGAAAUACUGGAGGCUACGGCUUUUAAAUCUGUUCAAUAAAAGUUUUAAGAAUCAA